CCAGAACAGCCUAUAAGAAUUAUCAUUGAAUCACCAACAGAAAUUGAUGUUGAUGUAGGAACAUCUGUAAGAUUUGUAUGUAGAGCUGUAUCAUACAGUGAUGAGGCUACUUAUGUUUUAUCCUGGACAAUGAAUGGAUCAGGGUUACCACUUAAAGCUAUAGAUCAGAAUGGUGUACUAGUUAUACCUAAUAUUCAACCUGAAGAUGCUGGAACCUACACAUGUACAGGAUCAGAUCCUACUGGUGUUGAUCGUGCUACUGCUAUCAUUAGAGUAGGAGGUAUGUUCAGAAUUUUCAUAUUGUAG